UCAUGUUCUCUGCAUAUCUGGUUUGUAAUCCCAAACAACACACCUUCAGCCACGGAAUGGGGAGACAUGACUUUGACAACCGCGUUUUCUUGUUCGCUCGCCGCUGCUUCUCUCUCCACCGCCGCCAGUUUCCGCCGGAAUAAAUGCACCACCAGCAAGAUUUUUCAUUCCUCUUCCACGUGCAUGCCCUCUUUCUUGCAUGAUCAUCACUACCACUCUUUCUUAUUGCGAGUUGCCAAUGAUGCUGAUAGAAGUGAAGUGUCAUCUGAUACUGCAAUCAAGACAUCGUAUUCAGAAGCCGAUAAGAUGGUUGAUGGUAUGGACUUUGGUGAGCUUUGCAAUGAGUUUGAGUGCAUCAGCAGUCCCUUGGUAGAAUCCACUGCAAGACAACUUGCACGAGAUAUACUUGAGCUAAGGGAGGGAAAUCGAGCACUUGGAAUCUUUGCUGUUUCUGUCGCAUACAAGGAUCCUAUUAGGAGCUUUACCGGUCGUGAAAAGUAUAAAAGACGACUAUGGGCAACCGGUGCACUAGACAACCCAUCUGUGACUGUGCAGGAAAUGGUGAUGCUGUCAACCAGUGUUUUAAGUAUCAAGUGGACAAUAAGAGGGAAACCAAAAUCUGUGUUAGGAGGAGAUCUGAUAAUUAGAGUUACUUCCAAAUUUACUCUUAACCAAAUUAGUGGCCAAGUCAUUGAGCAUGAAGAAUUCUGGGACUUAUCAGCUUCAUCUGCUAGUGCUCAGGCAUUUUUCUGGACAUCACGUGCUCUCUUUGCUGCUGUUGAAUCUGUCAAAGAUUUGGGUGACAGUGCUAAGAAUUUGAGUAGUAAAAUGUCAACCAAAAAAGAGAACUUGGAGAUGUAUCCAGAUCCUUCAGGUGAUCCAACCAAGUUCUUCCAGAGGGACGACAGUUUUCAACAGGAUGCAUACCAGAUUGCACUACUCCUGGCAGUUAUUUAUUUGGUGGUACAAUUUCUAAGGACAACUUUGUAAAGCUAGCCUGCCAUUUUAUCAACUGAACUUGUAUGUCUUUGUUCUCCAAGAGUUAUCAUUAUAAAGUGUGACUAUCAGCUCAUAAUCAUCAGGUGUCAUCAGGUGUCAUCAGGUUGUUUUGUCAAAGUAAAUAUGUUCACAUUUGUAAGUGUACCUAUAAACUGUGACGUUUCCUUCUUUUGAUGCCACAACCUCAAAGGACCACUAAUUGAUUAUUGUGUUUUAAAACAAGCUAACAAAUAUUCAGGAUGUGUGUGAUAGUUUGCUUAA